UUAACGCAGCCCUGCAUGAAAGUCUCUUAAGAAACCGGUUGCUGGCUUUUAUGGUAAUCUCCUUUCAACACACUAGGGCCUCUUCAUGCUGAACCCCGGCAAUGGGUACAACACUGAAUGGGAACACUUGCUGAAUCGACCAUACACAAUUCAUCGCGGAAGCAAAAAGCGUUGCAAGGUUAACUUUUCAUCGUAGUAGUUCACCGUACUCGUAAACAGCCACAACAACAGAACUUUCACAACACACAGUCACGGGGUCAUGUCAUCGUGGUGGGGUAUUUUAAUAGUGACACUAGUGGGUAUAGAAAAAUGCAACAAAAUGACCCUUUCAUGGUGUAAACACCAUGGCGAUCAUUUCAAUCAUGGGUUGUUUAUGAUCCAUGUUUCAACUCAGUCCAAUAUUCUGGUUAACUGAUUCCUCCAUGCUGUAAAACCACUAUGAUGUUCAUUGAAACUUUCUUUACCAGAGAAGCCAAAUCCUAUUAUUAGGCAGCAUCAUGAGCCACGUAUCUUCCUACCAUUCCAUCAUGGAUUCGGCCGAGUUCCGCAUGGCCUCAAGGGAGACACCCGAAGUGUGUAAAAUGCACCGCAACCACGGCCGUGCAUCCAGUCGAUGGAUCACAGUAGAACCCAUACUUAUCCUCAUCAACUUCGUUCAAGGAGCUCUUGUUACUUUAAGAUCCCAAUACAUCGAGCAUCGUCUUGCUAAGGAGAAGAACUACACCAUCCCAUCUGGUCUGAACAGUUGUGCACAUCUUGAAGACCCUACGGACAAGUGGAUUGAAGGCCAGACAGCUUUAUGGGUCACACUCAUGAAAGAUACCUCCGUGUUUCCGCCGAUAGUUGUUGCUCUUGUCCUCGGUGCUGCGAGUGAUUUCGUCGGGCGGAGACCUAUGUUCAUCGUGAACGCAACCGGUCAUUUCCUAGCGUCUUGUCUUUUUCUCUGUAUCGCUAUAUUCGAGUUGGAUCUUUGGUUGUUGAUAGUGGGGGAGGCCAUCUUGGGUGUGGCUGGUGAUGCAGUCUUCGCUGCUAUAAUAGCAGAGGCGUACGUUGCUGAUAUAUACACGGGUAACUCGCGGGCCUUCAGGUUGGUUGUAGUGGACGGGCUGAUCCAGUUCUCAUUCGGUGCGAUACAGUUCGCCAUUGGUGAGACCCUUCAACACACCGGGAACAAUUUCGUUAUUGUCUACGCAAUCACAGUUGCGGUGGCCUUUGUGAAUUUACUUUAUACCAUCAUCCCUGGUUUGGUGUUAGAGACCGUGAAGCGUCGACCGUUCCCUAAUAAUGUACCAAAGGACAUUUUGAAGAACAUCGUAUCCCUUUUCGAUAGAGCCCAUGCUGGUCGUAGGUGGCGUUUAGUUUUGCUCUUAAUUAAUGCUUGUCUGUGGACAGUUAUCUUUGAAGCUGCGCCAGGUAAUGUCAUCAUUUAUGGACUAUCUCCACCUUUUUGUUGGAUGCCUGAUACUGUUGGAGCAUACGGUGCUAUCAGCAACGCACUACCCGCUGUUGUCGCCAUCUUGGCCAUGCCCUUAUUUGGUUUAUGCAUCUCCGUGUACUGGAUGGUGUACAUCGGGUUCUUAUCCGCCAUUGGAUAUUUACUGACCACCGCCUUUGCUCCAACAACCCUUUGGUUAGCUUACAUAGCUCCAGUGAUUGGGAUGUUUCUACUUCUACCUCUGCCGAUAAUUAAAAGCAAGUUAUCUGAACAAGUCGACGAUUCCGAACAAGGAGCUGUAUUUGGAUGUCUUGCAGUUGUCAUCAGCUUAGCUAGAUUUGUCUCACCUCUUCUACUCAAUGGAGUCUUAAGAUAUGAAAUCGAUAAAACCCAUAACUCUCACCCUGUAGUGACGUAUUUCAUGGCUUCUGCAAUUCUACUUCUUCCGAUUGGAAUUAACAUGAUACUGCAUAUAUUUCAACCCAAGAAGAGGUAUGUUUGUCUUGAUGACGUAAACGCCGUACCUUCGCCAGACAGUGGGAAUAAGGUCGACGCAUGCGCAGAUGAAACAGAUGUCAGACAAUCCUUGCUACCAAAACAACACGAUAGUUAGGCCUAGGCUGUGUCAACAAAAUUGUUGUUGUGUCUGCGGCUGUUGCUAAGUGUGUUACUAAUGGUAAUUAAGCCAUUCAAGCCAUAAUCAGCCUCUGGUAAUCAAGUCAUAGCCACUUCAGUAGUUAAGCCAAUAGCCACAUCGGCCAAUGGUUAUCAAGCCGUAGCCACAUCAACCAAUGGUAAUCAAGCCAUAGCCACAUCAGGCAAUGUAUUAAAACAAGCCAAGCCACAUCAGCCAAUGGUAAUCAAGCCAUAGUCACAUCAGCCUGUGGUAAUCAAGUCCUAGUCACAUCAGUUAUUAUGCCAAUUAGCCACAUCCGCCAAUGGUUAUCAAGUCGUGUCUACAUCAGCCAAUGGUAAUCAAGCCAUAGCCCCAUCAGCCAAUGGUAAUCAAGCCAUAGCCACAUCAGCCAAUGGUUAUCAAGCCGAGCAACAACCAGGCAAUUUAGACACAAAGGCCGAAUUGACGGCUACAGCUAGAUUUCCGCGUCAUCAUGCGUUGGGGUCAGGACGUCAUUAUAGCACACCCUUAGCAACAGCCGUAGCCGUCCGUAGCUGUAGACGUCAAUUCGAAUACGGCCAUAGAGUCAUACAACAUCAUCAUGACGUCAUCAGACGAGACCAGGGUCCCCACAAACAAGUCUGAAAUAGUUUAUUUUGGGGAGUUUCGGG